AGGCUGCCAGCCAAAUACAAACCGCUGCUCAGUUGCGCAGUCCAAUUCGGUACUUCUUAUGCGUAACGCAGCUAAUCAAUGCACUUUUCCGUACUGUCUUAGUCUCAUCGUAAUUACUUUUGCAUUUUCUUCUCCUCGUAAAAAUAUGGCGGGCGAAACUAACUGGGAAAAACCAACAGCAGCCGAUUUUUGUUCCAACGACACGAAGGAAAUUGAAGAAGCCUACCAGCUGGGCGGAGCAGCUGGAUUCGCCCGCAUCUUGCAGGAGCAUAAUGAGCGAUGGAAGACUGUGCCACUGAAUAUCGCCGUCAUUGGCCAGAGCGGAGUCGGCAAGUCCAGCUACAUUAACUGCAGUCGCAAUAUUACCGCGGAAGACGAAGAAGGCGCACAGGUGGAUAUUGUGGAGUGCACGGAGGAAGUGCGCUCCUACGCCCAUCCGGACAAUGCCCUGCUGCUGUACUGGGACUGUCCCGGUGUGGGUACUCCGAAAUUCCCACGGGGAACGUAUCUGGAGAAAAUUGGCUUUAAACGCUAUGAUUUUUAUCUGCUCCUAUCCAGUAGCCGCUUCACCGACGACGACCAGUGGCUGGCGGCAGAGAUUGGGAAGCUCGGCAAGCGAUUCUUUUAUGUGCGCACUCAAAGCGGUGUUGACGUGUUUAAACAGCGCACAUCCCAUCCGAGAUCAACCGUUGGUCAAUCGGACGACGAGAUCUUGCAGAAAGUCCGCAAGGAUAUUGUAACGAAACUGGAAUUAAAAGAUGCCGAACAGGAUAAUAUCUUUCUCAUCGACAGUUACCAGCCGGCCAAAUUUGACUUUUGCAAGCUUCAAGACACUUUAUUAACGGCCUUGCCGGAUCUGAAACGCGAGGCCUUUCUGUACUCCCUCAGUCCCAUGGGCAUGCUCAGCAAGAAAAUCCUACAGAAAAAGGUCGACGCUUUGCGUGGUCGUAUAUGGAAGAUGGCGUUAGCAUCCGGUGUUGUCGGUCUCCUACCGAUACCAGGGAUAUCCACGGCAUUCGACAUCGGGAUGGUGAUAGCCGAAGGCAGGUUUUACCAGCAGCAGUUAGGACUAGACCAGCAGUCGCUGACGUCAACGGCUCAGACCCACAAGGUGGAUGUAACCCUACUGGAGGAGACGGUGGCCUUGUCCAUUCCGGGUGUCAUCACCAAGGACUUUGUGUUCUUCCUCAGCAAGGAGCUGGCUACCGAGACAGCCGGCCAGGCAAUGGAGGAGUUGCUGAAGUUCAUUCCGUUUCUGGGAUCGCUGGUGGUGGCACCGCUUUCUUACGUGCUGACCCGGCGCACACUGUUAGCCGUUCUGGACAAAAUGGAAACCGCCGCUCACAAUGUCAUCGACAUCUGUGUCAAUAAAGCUCACCAGCAGGCGCUAGAGGAGACCCGUGAAGAUUGUGAGAAUCUUCGAAACAAGAAGCCGGCAAUCUAGGAUGUAAUGUAACUAGUUUACUGCAGCUCUGGCACCAGUGAAAAAUGUACCAUCAGAGCCAGCUUCGUACGACUUCACGAAAACCGGCACACUUCAGCCAACUUCAUUCGAUGCCCCCCGAAAUUGCGAGCGACUAACAAGCAUAAGUCAAUUGUUACUGCGAUCUCCAGGUCACAUCAUUCUUCUACUCACAUUUAAAAAAUUGCGUGUAAUAAUACGUGUAUGGUUAACCAAAUGCAAAACGCUUGCAGUCUGCAGAACUGCAGGUUAGUAACAUAUUUAUUUGUUAGUUAUAUAGUCUUAUUUCUAUUCUUUUGAAACCACUUAAGAAUUUUCCACGAAAAGGCCCUGCAAAAGAAGCGACUGGAAAGAAGAACUCGCAAGUGAGCAGCCGACAUGCUAAGCACUGACCGUAUUUACAGUACUCGUAAUGUACAUCAAGAAUCCAUAAUUAAUCAUUUAUUCUUGUUAUUUUUUCCAUUGAUUUCUCUGCGCCAUGUGAAAAUAUUACAAAGUGCGCCAUUUUACGAUUAACCGGUGGCGAGUUUUCUCAUCCCUAACUCAAAAUUUUA